AUGUAAAACCAAGAAAAUAAAACAUAAAAUCAAGAAAAAACAACAAUCAGACAUCCUCGUUUAGAUAAAAUCUUAUUUUACUAAAUGAUUUUAUUUUAUAAUAAUUAGCAAAAGCCUAAAUAAAGUUAUUCCAAAAUCCAAACAACGAAAGAUUGGUUUGACAAUUUUUUCUUUAAAGAUUGCCGUGACCCAAAUUAUUCAUAUACAAUAUUAAGACUUCUCCUCCCAGUAUAUGAUAAAGAGAGAGGAGCGUUUGGUUUAAAAGAAAAAGUUUUAGCAGAUAUUUUCUCUAAAGCCCUUCCUCCUAGUAAAGAUAUUUUAAACAGAUUAAGAUUUUAUAAAAACGCUACUUAUUAACCACAUUAGGCUCCUAUAGGUGAUUUUGGAGAUGUAUUAAAACAUGUAUUGGAUGAUUUUUGCCCAACUAUGCAUGUAAUAACAAUAAAUUAAGUUGAUGAAAAUUUAAAUAAAUUAGCUUAAGCAUAAACUAAAGAAGAAUAAAUCGAAAUUAUAAGGUUUUUAAUAAAAUAAUGCACAUCAGAAGAAAUGAAAUGGAUAGCAAGAUUAAUUUUAAAAGAUUUAAAAAUAGGUAUAAAUCAUGAUAAAACAUUAACUUUAUUUCACUAAGACGCCCUAGCUUUAUUUAAUACUACAUCAAGUUUAAGAGAAGUAUGUAAUGAAUUUUAGGAUAAAAACCACCGUUUAUAAGAAGUAAUGAGAAUUUUUUACCCUAUAAGGCCUAUGUUGGCUUAAAAGAAGAGUUUGAAGGAUAUCUAAUAUAUUUUAGAAGGUAAAGAUUUCCUAAUAGAGACCAAAUAUGAUGGAGAGAGAAUAUAAUGUCACGUAACUGAGAAUGAAAUAAGAUUCUUUACCCGAAAUUCGCAUAACUAUACAAAUAUAUACCACAAGAUGUGCGUAAUAGUCCGUCAUGGGAUUUCAUAAGAAAUAAACGAAUGUAUACUAGAUGGUGAGAUGGUCGUUUUAGAAAAAGAAAGCGGAUAAUCAGUUUAAUUUGGGAUGAAUAAAGUAGUUGCAUUAUCAAAUGAAGAUACUGAUUUUUGCAUUUGUUAUAAAGUUUUUGAUAUUUUAUAUAUUAAAACUAAAAAUGGAAAUGAUGUGAAUUUACUUAGUUCAACUUUAAAAGAAAGAAAAGAAGUUUUAAAAAGUGCAAUUGUAAAUGAAAUAAAAUAUUAAUUAGAAAUCAUAUAAGGAAACGAGUAUUCUAGAUAGGAGGAUAUUUUAAAUGAAUUCAAUGAAGCAAUGAAUAAUAAUGAGGAAGGUAUUAUCAUCAAAUAAUUAGAUAGUUAAUAUGUGCCAGAUGAAAGGUCUAAUAAAUGGAUUAAAAUGAAAGGAGAUUAUUAUGAAGGAAUCACUGAUACAUUAGAUUUAAUUGUUUUAGGAGCAUUUUUAGGAAAUAAAUCAUAUAAAACAUCAGGCAUAGGAGAUUGGACAGAUUGCUUAACUCAUUUUUUACUUGGAAUAAGUAGCUAUAUUGAUAAAAAUGUGCCUACAAAUUCUGUAUUUUUGCCAUUUUGUAAAGUUGGAACAGGAUAUACAGAUGAAAUUUUAAGAACUAUAAAAAUAAAAUUAAGAGAUUAAUGGGUUAGAACAUCAAAUUUGCCAUCUUUUGUUUAAAAUUGCAAAUUAUAAAAAUCCGAUAAACCUGAAGCUUUUAUUAAUUCGCCUGAUAAUUCGCUUAUUUUUGAAGUUAGGGCUUCAGAAAUUAUUAAUUCUCAUAAUUUUCCAACUCAUUAUACUUUAAGGUUUCCUCGUUUUGAAAAAUUGAGAACUGAUAAAGAUUGGUAUGAAUGUAUGACAUUAGAAGAUUUAUAAUAAAUGAAAAAUAAUUUAAGUAAAAAAUAAGGCGAAAGUGAUGCUGAGAAAAGUUAAAAAGAAGAUGGAGAAGAUAAUAAUGAAUAAGGUACAAGAUCACCUAAAAAAAGAAAGCAAAUUAAAAGAAACCAUCAAGAAUAUGCAAAUUAGAUAAUGUAGUAAUAUUAAUAAAUAGAUGUUUCUUAAGUUAAUUUAGUUUCUUAAUUGUUUAUUGGGUUUGUUUUUAAUAUUAUUAAUUGUGAAGAAGGUGAAAAGCAAAAUCUCUAAUUUUCUAUUAUUUCUAAUAAUGGAUAAGUUUUUUAAAAUGAUUCCGGAAAAGUAACACAUUAUUUAGCUUAUAUGCAUGAUUUUAGAGUUUAGGCAAUAAUAAAUAAUUAUAAAGUAAAUGUUUUGAAACCUAAAUGGGUAUUCGAUUGUAUUAAAAGGAAAGAAAUUCUUGAUUAUGCACCAAAGUAUAUAACUUUUGCAUAAGAAGAACUUAAAUAAAGAAAUAUAGCUUUAUAUGAUAAAUAUGGAGAUCCUUAUUUCAAAGAAAUAGAUGUUGAGGAAUUAAGAGAUAUUUUAGAAAAUAUGAGCUGUGAUGAUGAAAUUUUCGAAAAAGAUAAAA